AUGAACUUCUCCGGCAAGUACCAACUGCAGAGCCAGGAAAACUUUGAGGCCUUCAUGAAGGCAGUCGGUAUGCCUGAUGACCUCAUCCAGAAGGGGAAGGACAUCAAGGGGGUGUCCGAAAUCGUGCAUAACGGGAACCACUUCAAGUUCACCAUCGUCACCGGCUCCAAAGUGAUCCAGAACGAGUUCACCUUGGGGGAGGAGUGCGAGAUGGAAUUCCUGACUGGGGAGAAGGUCAAGACGGUGGUUCAGCUGGAAGGCGACAAUAAACUGGUGACAACUCUCAAAGGCAUCAAGUCUGUGACUGAAUUCAACGGUGACACAGUCACCAGCACCAUGACACUGGGUGACAUUGUCUUCAAGAGAAUCAGCAAGAGAAUUUAG